AUGUCUCUUGUUUAUUAUGAAGUAUCUAGACUUAAUUUAUCCAGUGAAGAUAAAACAGCACUCCGUUUCAUUUUCACUAAUAAUUCAAAAAUAAAAGAAGAGGUAAAUACAGUUCUUAUGACAAUCGAAAAUGAUGAUGAAAAGAUUAGUUAUUUGAGCAAAUUUUUACAAGAACAUGGCAAGAUCGGUAUGUUCAAUCAUCUCGAAGUAGCAAAGGUUGAGGAUUUGUACUCACGUUGGGGAGGGAUUCCUCGAUUCAUCUUAGAAAAGGCUCUAGAUAAUUUUCAGCAAAAUCAUCUUGAAGAUGCAAUUAGCAAAUGUAAUGCUAGAUUAUUAGAAUUUGUUGGGGACAAUUACCACACCGACGAUAUCAACUACAUUAAAAAAUUUUUACUAUUUGCGUCUGAAUGGGUGGCUGAAAAAGUGAUGGACAAACUUGAAAGGAAUUACAAUCAACAGUUAAGGAAUUUUGUGACAGCAAGCUCGUCAGAAAAUGAAUACAGUUCGCUUCAGGGCGUCAUAUUCGAACAAAUCGCGCAUCGAAUUAUACAAAAGGGAGGAUCAUUUUAUACUCGUUCUUUAGAAUCUGACUUCACAAGUACGAUUGAAAUUCCAGAACGGAUUAAGCUAUUGUUUAAUGACAUUAAUAAGAUCGAGGAGGGCAAGUACUGUCAACCGAUUCAGAAGAAUUUUUCAUCUAUUGAUGCAAUUGUUGCACCUCAUAAACUCUUUCAGAUGACCGUGUGCAGGAAUCAUCCUAUUAAUGUGAAUGGCAUGAAAAAGCUUGUUGAAAAGUUGGGUGGGAAGUCGGGAACAAAUCAUAUAUAUUUUUAUUUUGUCUUACCAAAAGAUUUAUACGAUAAUUACCAAGCACAGCCCUUUUAUACUAACGACCAAACUGUUGCUAAGAGGAUACCAUGUUGGAUUACUAAUCGUGUUAAGCAAUACGCAUUGAAGAUUGACUUGAGUUCCUGGUGA